UGGAGCAUGUAAACUCUGUCCUACCAAUUGGAUAGAAGAAAGAGGAACAUGUUACUGGAUUUCAAAGGACAAAAAUAAUUGGAUUAUGAGCUACAACGACUGUUCUCGGAAAAGGGCUCAUAUGCUGGUGAUCCAGGAUAAAGAAGAAAUGACAUUCAUAUACAGCACAGUUCCAGAGAAAUAUACUGUUUGGAUUGGGCUUAAUUCUACACCCACAUCGAAAUCCUGGACUUGGAUAGAUGGAACAGCAUUAGAUCAAACCCUGAUCCAGUUUCUUCCCUCUGGAGGUAGAGCUGACUGUGGAGUUAUGAAGCAAAAUCGGGCUUACUCUGAAUUGUGCACUGCCGAAUUUAGAUGGAUCUGUGAAAAAACAGCCAUUUUGGUCAACUAGCUUUAAUAUACUAAGAAAAUGCUUUGCUUUUCCUCAGAUACCCUGAAUGGCAAUGCAUAGAUGAUUUCUGAAAAGAACGAAUGGCAAUCAUUACCAGUGUUGGUUUAGAUAGCUUGAAUACUUGAAAAUAUGGUCAAGAUUCUGCAUUGGGAAAUGUAUCGGUAUCAUAUAACCACAUCUCCCAAUGCCCCUCCUCCCCAACUUUUUCGCCUUGUAAGCAGUGUCACCCUCCCCAUCUCAAUAUAGCCAUAUCCGUAUUGUAGGAAUGAGAGGGGGAAUACCCAGUAAUUUUCUUGUUGCUGGACACACUGUGACAUGCAUCUACAAUUUACAGAGAUCUCCCAGGGUCCUUGGAAGGUCUUU